UUGUCGAGGUUAGAUCGUUUCUAGGGAUUUUGCUGUCAUGGCGUUGUUAACACAGAGUUGCUGUGUGACGGGUCGCUUUUCCACAAACCACUUAAGGUUAAGUCCCAGAUCGAUCUUACACGUGUACACAAGCUGUCUGAACACUUCACCCAAGUCCUCUGCAGACAGAGAGGACAGGAAGAAGGAGCUUCAGAGCCAGGACGGCCCCGGGCUGCAGGACUUUAUAUCUGGGGAACUCUCUGAGAAAAGCAAGUGGGCAGAGUACAGAGGCAACCUGAAGAGACAGAAGGGGGAGAGGCUGAGGCUUCCUCCAUGGCUGAAGACAGAGAUCCCUAUUGGAAAGAACUACAACAGGCUGAAGAACACACUGAGAGACCUCAACCUGCACACGGUGUGUGAGGAGGCCAGGUGUCCAAACAUUGGAGAAUGUUGGGGUGGAGGAGAAUAUGCCACCGCUACCGCCACCAUCAUGCUAAUGGGAGACACAUGCACCCGAGGGUGCAGGUUCUGCUCGGUGAAGACGGCCCGUCAGCCGCCUCCUCUGGACCCAGAUGAGCCUUACAACACAGCCAAGGCCAUCGCAGCCUGGGGGCUGGACUAUGUGGUUCUGACAUCUGUUGACAGAGAUGAUAUCGCUGAUGGAGGAGCAGAACACUUUGCUAAAACAGUUACUAGCCUGAAGGGGAGAAACCCUCACAUCCUGGUCGAAUGCCUGACCCCUGAUUUCCGUGGCGACCUGUCAGCGGUAGAGAAGAUUGCCCUGUCAGGGCUAGACGUUUACGCUCACAAUGUGGAGACGGUGCGAGAGCUGCAACGGUAUGUUCGGGACCCCAGAGCGAACUUCGACCAAUCCCUGACUGUCCUGAAACACGCCAAGCAGGUCAAACCCGGCGUCCUCACUAAGACCUCCAUCAUGCUGGGACUGGGCGAGAGCGACCAGCAGAUAGUCAACACUCUGACCGAGCUGAGAGAGGCAGGAGUGGACUGUCUAACCCUCGGUCAGUACAUGCAGCCCACAAAGCGCCACCUAAAGGUGGAGGAAUACAUCCCCCCUGAAAAGUUUGCUUACUGGGAGAAAGUCGGGAACGAGAUGGGAUUUGUGUACACAGCCAGCGGGCCACUGGUUCGAUCCUCCUACAAAGCAGGUGAAUUCUUCUUGAAGAAUCUGCUGAAGAAGAGAAAAGCAGAAAUCACAACAGAACAAGAAGCUUCUUGAAGCAGCUCAUGUUUUUUUUUUCUUCUCCUAAUCGCACUAACAGUCUGUAACGCAUCACAAUGAUCCAUUGUUUUCAGCAGGAAAUUCACUCAUUAGAACCAAGAAAAACAGAGACCAGGAGGCUAAACUAAAACUUGCAACAAAAAGUUUUUUUGUCAGGAUACUAGAUUUUCCAUCUCCACCUGUAGCUGCCCUGAAGCACUGCCUUUUGUUAAAACGAUCAGAGAACCAGAUGAGACUCAUGGCCAGCUGGGAGCAGAAGCUGCACUUUUCAAUCACCUUCUCUAGCCUCCAUAAACAGCAUAGGGAGCUAAAGCUCUAACAGGAAGUCCUGUUUUCUGCUUUCUUUAAAACACUGAAAUCAAGUAGUGUGUGAAACAAACGUCUUUUCUAAAAUGUUCUGUCUAUGUCUACUUGAUACAUUGGUAUCAGAGGGAGCUCAGAAAUGAGAUUUAAGCUUAAAAAGACAGAUUUAUUGGAGAAAAGUAUAUUUGUAUCUAAAGAUUUAGAUUACAAGCGUUCAGUACAAAUUAUAGACUCACAUUUUAUUGCAUUGGCCCUUCAGGUGAACAUCCUGACACGGAAGAUUAACAUACAGCAACAUGAUUUAUAAAAAUUGUUUUUUUUUUAAUUAUAUAAAACUUUGCAUUUAAGGACAGUACUUCAUUAUAUAGUAAAUUAUAUAAGAAAUGACUUGUGUUUAUAGUGUUUAUAUAAAAAAACAGGUCAUCUGA